AUCUUCGCGAGUAAUUACACAACGAGUAAAUGGGGGAACAUUUGCGGGAUUUGAAAUUCAUGGAAAUGUAACUCUCGUUGGAAAUAAUAAAAUACAACGCAGUGGGCUUGCCGAAGAAAGUGACUUGACUUCUAAGGUGGGGAGAAAGUGACCUAGAGAGGUCUGGGCUACGACAUCGUCCUCGAAUCUUUUCUUCUCAGUCUUCCGUAACGUAUGAUUGGGUGUGGAAUACCCGUGGUACCAAGUGAAAAUAUCUCGUUGAUCAUUCUAUGCAAGCGACGUGAAUGAAGAUACAUACAUUCUCUUGCACGUAUUAUCUGAAAAUAUCCUUUUUUCUGUAAAUUACGUCAUCGCGUGCAAGAGCAUCAGGAAAUUUUCCACCUCGUCUGCAUCCGGGUAUUCGUGAUUUCAACAUACCGCCACAAACUUUCCUGGAGAAAGUCAGAGAUACCGCAAGCAUUGAUUCAGGUAUUUCUUCCUCGGUCUUAAAACCAUGACGACGAGAAAGACAACCGUGCACUUAUAUUUUUCAAUUAUGCUUGUCACGUUGACAGCAAUCGUCAAUAUGAUAUUUGCUGUGCCAACAUCAUCAUCCCAACCGAAUGUAACAGCUGUUACGGCGAAUCAUGGUCUAUGGGCAGAAAUUCUCGAAAAUUGGAUCACCCUUCAAUCCAACAAUUCUCGUACCGCACGAGUGGUGAAGAUUGAUGAUAAGACUGUGACAGUGUCGACCAAAAUUGCCACAUCAUCAAAUAGAGAGGUUUCCGAAACCGAUCUUUAUCUACUUGGUGCCAUCGAGAAAUUGGUAUACCGAGUGGAUCAUUUAGAAAAACGAAUAAAAAGAGCAGAAGAAUUGUUAUACUACAUUAUUGCAGGAAACAAUAAAAUGAAAGUACCCUGUCCUGCCAAUUACACGAGAAUGGGCAAGAACUGCUAUCACUUCAGCAAUCGUGAUUUUGAUUGGAAAUCGUCGGCCAGUCUCUGCCGCGGUAUGGGUGGGCACUUGGUCGAAUUUGACUCGAUCGAAGAAAGCCAAGAUGUAAUCGCGGGUUUGAUGUCGGACGGCAAAUUGAGGGGCAAGAAUUUCUGGACAGGUGGCUUAAAUCCAGGACUUAUAUGGAUCUGGGCCUAUAGCGCUAGACCGGUUCAGAAAGAUACUAAACAGUCCGUUAUCGGGGACGGCAAAUGUUUGAAGUUAACUUUCAACGCAUCGUCGAAAAUUUACUCGUAUAGAGGCGAACAUUGCGGCGCGAUGCAAAGAUACAUCUGCGAAGCGACAACCGAUGACGAAUCGGCAAACAGAAUCGAAAGAACAGCACGAUUGUUGAUUGAUAAGAGUAAUUAGACGCGUUUUAAUGAUUGUCUUGAUUGGGUUCUAACUACAUGCAGAUAGCAUUUGAAGCAAUUGAGAUAAAUUCGUUUUGCAUUUUGCAAUUAUAGC